CGGAGGGGCCGCCGUUGCCGUCGUCGUCGCCGUUGCCGCCGCUCGUCCGUCGGCGCUGGGCCGCGGCGCGGGGGAAGCCACGAAUCAUGUCCGCCCGGGACGAGCGGGCCACGCACAUCCUCAGGGGCUUCAAGCUAAACUGGAUGAACCUGCGGGAUGCCGAGACGGGGAAGAUCCUCUGGCAAGGAACGGAAGACCUGUCUGUCCCCGGAGUGGAACAUGAAGCCCGUGUCCCCAAAAAAAUCCUCAAGUGCAAGGCAGUGUCUCGGGAGUUGAACUUCUCUUCUGCAGAACAGAUGGAGAAAUUCCGCCUGGAACAAAAAGUUUACUUUAAAGGGCAAUGCCUAGAAGAAUGGUUCUUCGAAUUCGGCUUCGUGAUCCCCAACUCCACAAACACCUGGCAGUCUUUGAUAGAGGCCGCACCGGAGUCCCAGAUGAUGCCAGCGAACAUCUUAACCGGGAACGUUAUCAUAGAAACCAAGUUCUUUGACGACGACCUCCUCGUAAGCACGUCCCGAGUGAAACUUUUCUACGUUUGAGAGCAGGACGCGUGUGUGUGUGUGUGUGUGUGUCUCCGGGGUCGGGGGAGGGUUUUUUGGGGGAGGGAAGGGGACUGCACUACUUUUCCUCUAGUCACCUGUCUCUGGCACCAGCCCGCAUCCUUCCAUGCGAUCGACGCUCCCUGGGCUGCCAGGAGGAGGCCAGCAGGCUGCCGGCCGGCGUUUUUUGGGUUUUUUUGUUUUUAAUCCCUGCUUGCCCACCUCUACUGGCCAGACCGGACUCCCCACCUCCAGAAUGGGGCAGGAAGGAAAACUGACACGUCCCCAGCGCCCCACUUCGGGGCGUAAUUACUGACGGAUGAACGCUCACCGAGAACGAAGCCUGUAAAAUGGCUGCCCUCCCUGCAGACACCACCGCGGCACCCUCAGCUCUCCGAUGCGGGGAUCGAGUUCGCCCUCCAGUGCCCCCUCGUUUAGUUUUCUCCACCAUUCCUUAAGCCUCCUGCUCCCCGUUUCAUACGUCCUCAUACACUAAACUUGUAAAAUAGACUGUGAUUAUUAUUGUUAUUAUUAUUAUUAUUAUUAUUACAUAAUGUAAUUAAAACCGAUUUAUGAAUUAAAACAUUCCUACCUUC